AUGGCAGCAGUAAAUCAACAAGGAGUCUGCAGGAGCAUAAACCGGCGCACCAACCCGAGCCUAAACAACCGCCCUGGCGAGGACAAUCCGCCGGGCGACAACUCGCAAGAUGGCCGCCGCAAGCCAGCCAUGUGCGCGGGCCGCCAGUGGGGCCGACCUGACGCUUACCUGAAAGCGAGGAAAUUAACAGAGCACAUGGGAAAAGGGCCCUCUAUCAAUUCGCCAGCUUCCUACAGCGAAGCAGGAUUUAUGGAAGCAGCAAGUGAAAUCCUGUUGCACCCUCGUGGAAAUACCCGCAGUAGCACAUACCACAACGACGCAGACCCUACCCUGACAGCGGGGACCACCCAAGAAGCCGAGAUGGAGAGCAGCUGGGAAGAAUACUGA